GGAAGGGAAAAAGGAAGACACCACCGGAAGCGAAGAAGGUGCUGUGUAAUCACAAAGGAGCCAUAGCCCUAGGAUCUUCCAAAAUGCCGGAUUAUCUCGGUGCAGAUCAGCGGAAAACCAAAGAGGACGAGAAGGACGACAAGCCCAUCAGAGCUCUGGAUGAAGGGGAUAUUGCCUUGCUGAAGACUUAUGGUCAGAGUACUUACUCUAGGCAGAUCAAGCAGGUGGAAGAUGACAUUCAACAACUUCUCAAGAAAAUUAAUGAACUCACUGGUAUCAAAGAGUCUGACACUGGCCUGGCCCCCCCUGCACUCUGGGAUUUGGCUGCAGAUAAGCAAACACUCCAGAGUGAGCAGCCUUUGCAGGUUGCUAGGUGUACAAAGAUAAUCAAUGCUGAUUCAGAGGAUCCGAAGUACAUUAUAAAUGUGAAACAGUUUGCCAAGUUUGUGGUGGACCUUAGUGACCAGGUGGCACCAACUGACAUUGAAGAAGGGAUGAGAGUUGGAGUGGACAGAAACAAGUAUCAAAUUCACAUUCCACUGCCUCCUAAGAUUGACCCAACUGUUACUAUGAUGCAGGUGGAGGAAAAACCGGACGUUACAUACAGUGAUGUUGGUGGCUGUAAAGAACAGAUUGAAAAACUUCGAGAAGUAGUUGAAACCCCACUACUUCAUCCAGAGAGAUUUGUUAACCUUGGCAUCGAGCCUCCUAAAGGUGUGCUGCUCUUUGGUCCACCUGGUACAGGCAAGACACUCUGUGCUCGGGCAGUUGCUAACAGAACUGAUGCUUGCUUCAUCCGUGUCAUUGGAUCUGAACUUGUCCAGAAAUAUGUUGGUGAGGGAGCUCGAAUGGUUCGCGAACUCUUUGAAAUGGCUCGAACAAAAAAAGCCUGCCUUAUCUUCUUUGAUGAAAUUGAUGCUAUUGGAGGGGCUCGUUUUGAUGAUGGUGCUGGAGGUGACAAUGAAGUUCAGAGAACAAUGUUAGAGCUGAUCAACCAGCUGGAUGGUUUUGAUCCUCGAGGCAACAUUAAAGUGCUAAUGGCCACAAACAGGCCUGACACUUUAGACCCAGCACUGAUGAGGCCAGGGAGACUAGAUCGAAAGAUUGAAUUUAGCUUACCUGAUCUAGAGGGUCGGACUCACAUUUUUAAGAUUCAUGCUCGUUCAAUGAGUGUUGAAAGAGAUAUCAGAUUUGAAUUGCUCGCACGACUGUGUCCAAAUAGCACUGGUGCUGAGAUUAGAAGUGUCUGCACAGAAGCUGGUAUGUUUGCCAUCAGAGCACGGCGAAAAAUUGCUACUGAGAAGGAUUUCUUGGAAGCUGUAAAUAAGGUCAUUAAAUCCUAUGCCAAAUUUAGCGCUACUCCUCGCUAUAUGACGUACAACUGAGCCCCAAAAGCUUCAUGAGAAUACUUCUAAUUGAAACCUGGAUGUUAUAUUAUGUUGUCUUUUUAAUAACCAUUUCACAUACAAAAUAAAUGGUUUCAAAACUA